AUGUCAUCUAUCUAUCCUUCUAUCUGUCUCAUCUUAUCUAUCUUUUCAUCCAUCUAUCUGAUCUGUUCUUAUCUAUCUUUGUCUGAUCUUAUCUAUCUCAAUCUGAUCUUAUCUAUCUAUCUAUCUAUCUAUCUCAGUCUGAGCUUGUCUAUCAAUCUAGAUAUGUCUAUUUAUCUAUCAAUAUGUCUGAUUUUCUCUAUAUACACAUCUAUCAAAGUCUCAUCUUAUCUAUCUCUCCAUCUAUCUUUCAAUCUAUCUAUCUAUCUCAGUCUGUUCAUAUCUUCUGAUCAAAUCUAUCUGUCCAUCUAUCUCAAUCUGAUCUUAUCUAUCUAUCUAUCUAUCUAUCUCAGUCUUACCUUGUCUAUCAAUCUAGAUAUGUCUAUCUAUCAAUAUUUUGAUCUGAUCUAUCUAUACAUCCAACUAUCUCAGUCUGAUCUUAUUUCUCUAACCAUAUAUGUAUCCCUGUCUGAUAUUAUCUAUCUAUCUAUCUAUCUAUCUAUCUAUGUCUUUACAUUUAUUUCAAUUUGUCCUCUAUCUAUUUCAGUCUAUCUCUGUGAUUUUAUCUAUCUAUCCAUCUAUAGUUAUGAAAAUCUAUGUCUAUCUAUCUAUCUAUCUAUCUAUCUAUCUAUCUAUCUAUCUCAUUUUUUCUUUCUUUCAUAUUUCCUUUAUCAUUUUUAUUCUUUCUUCUUUAUUGUCUUUAGUCUCUUCUUUUACAUCCUCUGUCUUUUUUCCUUCUCCCUUUCUCUCCCAAUAUUCUUUUGUCUCCCUUUCUCCUACUUCUCUUUCCAGAGCUUCUCCUCCUCCGUUUUAAUAAUACGCCUCCUUCCUUUUCCACUUUUUGCUUUUUCUCCUCCUCUCAUCUCUUCUUUCUCUUCUCUUUCCAUGGUUUCUUUUAAAUCUUUAUCUCCCAUUUCUCCCCUCUUUACUUUCUAUUUUUUCUUCCUCUUUUCUCUCUCUUGUUUCCCUCCUACCAACAUUUUGACCUAUGAUAAUUCUCUCAUUCAAAUCUUCUUUGUUGUCUGCUUUUGUUCCUCCAUCUUCCUUUUCAGCUUCAGUGUCUCUGCUGUCAUUUUAAUAAAUUAUCCUCCUCCGCCUAACUACUUCUUUUUAUCUUUAUCUUUCUCCCACUUUUGUCUUCCUCCUUCCACAAUUUAUACCCUUUCAUCAUUUUUUUCUACCACCUCAUCCUGCACCAACAGAGUGUAUUCAAUUGUUCUCUUCCUAACCUCUUCCUUCUUUUUUUCUUUCAUUCACUCUUUCUUUACUUUCUUUCUAUCAGUUUUACUCCCCAUUCUUCUCUCUUUUGCCUCUCACUCUUUGCAGAUGGUCAACAGAUGUCUUCCAUUCUUUGCAUCCAAAUCAUGA